CUGGGGUUACGAUGAGUGAGGUGUUUAGGAGCUAAGUCACAUCUAAUGGAGUCGGCACAGUGCGCUGCCAGAGUUGCUGUUUGCUUAGCCGACGAAGGAGACAAAGCAUAGAUGCAAGAUGUCAAAUUCCACUCUCCAGGUUUUGGAAUUUUCAAUGCCCAUCCAUCGAAGGAUGCUACGCUGCCGUAUCCCACGUCCUCGCCACUCCCGCUGGGUUUACAUCAUCACCGUCACCAGUGCAUCGGAAGUCUAAACAACCCAUUUGUAGCCAUAUAAAAUGUUCCCUUUCCCUUCUCCCCAUCCAAGGUAGCCUGAAAUCUCAAUCCGGGACUCCAUUUCCUCUGCACCACAUCAUCACGUCGCUGCUGCAGAAGCAGAAGAAGGUGGAGGCGUAGCUCACACCCACACACCAUAUCGUUUACUCGGGGUAGUAACUAGUGAACCACUCCCUCCUUGGGGGCCUUUACUGCUGCCAUACCCUGCGGAUCUCUGCGACCGACCCCUUUGACCAAACCCUUUUUAUCAUCUCAGAGAGAGAUCUCCUCUGAGGGGGAAGCCUGACGACGAGGGCUCUCACACCAAACAGAGAGCUCCUCGGCGAUGGGGCGGGCUGCUAGGUGGCUGAGGAGUUUUCUGGGAGGGAAGAAGGACACCAAGGGUCAAAAGGACGAUGCCAGCACCAGUGGCCACGACACCAGAGAUCGAAAGAGGUGGAGUUUUGCCGGACCCCAGCAAGCCGCAAGCAUGGGUCACAGUCCUGUUACAGCAGCGUGGUUGAGCACCUUCCACGACGACAGCGAGGAGGAGACCAAGCACGCCAUAGCGGUGGCGGUAGCCACUGCGGCCGCUGCCAACGCCGCGGUGACGGCGGCUCAGGCGGCGAUGGUGCGACUGAAGAGCCUUGGGACAGAAAGAACGACGCCCUAUGGCAUCUACGAACGGUGGGCUGCUGUCAAGAUUCAGACAGCCUUCAGAUGCUACUUGGCAAAGAAAGCUCUUCGAGCUCUCAAGGCGCUGGUGAAGCUGCAGGCUCUAGUCAGAGGCUACCUUGUGAGGAAGCAAGCAGCCAUAACCCUCCGCAGACUGCAAGCUCUUGUAAGAGCUCAGUCUGUAGCCAGGCCUCGAGAAGCUCGUGCUCUGCCCCAGCAAGGUCGAAGACUCGACGCACAAGUCUGCCAUCGCAGAUCCUUCGAAAGGUUUAAUGUCAGAGAUGCAAGGUGCAAGCCUACGGGAUCAGAAGAGAGCCAUGGCCUCGAUAGGAGUCCAAAGAUCGUGGAGAUGGAUACCUUCCAACUCAAGUCCAAGUCAUUCCGGAGGACAGGUUCUUCUAGUUUUAAUGCACUCGAGGAACCCACGGUGCCACUUUCUUCUCCACUCGCACACAAGAUCCCGUCUCGUCUCUCCAUCCCCAGCUGCCGGAGUUCUCGAGACUACCACUAUUACCGAAACCCUGAAAGAUCUCCCUGCUCCAAGACAGCACAAAAUACUCCUCGCCUCAACCCACAAACUCCACCGAGGUACAUGAACAUAACCGCAGAUGUGGUUGUAUGGCACACUCCGAGCCCCGCGAACUCUCCGAACUACAUGGCAAACACAUCGUCCUCUGCGGCAAAGUUGAGGCCUCAGAGCACGCCGAAGCAGAGACCAGAGAAAGCCAGCCGCAGGAAGAAGUUGUACGCAAACGAGACCGUGCCGGGGACUAGUCUGAGCGACACCUGGUCUCCCUUACAAGAACACGAAGCUUAUUGCAAUUUGAAAUAUGGGAUGGUGGGAAGGAUUAAUAGGACUGCCAAGAUGGUGAAGGAGGCAGCCAGGGAUUACUACUUGGAUAGCAUGUGGUGAAUCAGUAGUGAAAGCAAACUGGUUUGGGAGAGGUUCUCUUGGAAUUGUAAGAACCUCUGAACUAUUCCUUGCUACUGAAUUGUGAGUGUCGAGGAAGGGAUCUGUAGAUUCUCCUGGUCUGAUCUAAAUUUGCUGCAACCUUGGUUCUUAGCUUC